AUGUAUAAUGCGGUAUAUGAACAAGUGAAACAAGACAUACAAGAACAUGCAAAAUAUGUUAGUAUUACCACUGAUAGUUGGACUUCUAUUAAAAAUUCAAAUUAUAUUGCUGUUACAUGUCAUUUUAUCGAUAAUGAAUGCGAAUUAAAGUCAUAUCUUUUUUCUUGUUUUAAAAAUUCUGAAUCACAUUCUUCAGAAAAUUUGAAAAACAAUUUAUUGGCUAUUAUAAAGAAAUGGGGCUUAGAAAAUAAAAUUGCNAAUUUAUGUAGAUGGAAACAUGAAGGUUGCUUUACCCAUAGUUUGAAUUUAGGAGUACAAACAGCUCUUAAAUCAAUACUUGAAACUAGGAAAAAAGUAAGAGGGAUUGUUGGCCAUUUUAAGAGAAGUCCACAGGCAGCGGAAAACCUUAGAACCAUGCAAGAGCAAUUAGGAUUAACACCACUUUUAAUGCUCAUUUAG